AUGGGCCUCACCUUCUUCUCCCUCUUCUUGCAUCUCUUCGGCAGGAAGCAGAUGUGUAUUUUGAUGGUUGGAUUGGAUGCUGCUGGCAGGACGACCAUUCUGUAUAAACUGAAGUUAGGAGAGAUAGUCACCACCAUUCCUACCACUGGUUUUAAUGUGGAAACAGUAGAAUAUAAGAACGUUUGUUUCACAGUAUGGGAUGUUGAUGGUCAAGAUAAAAUUAGGCAUUUCUGGAGGCAUUACUUCCAAAAUACCCAGGGUCUUAUUUUUGUGGUAGAUAGCAAUGAUUGUGAAAGAAUUCAGAAAGGAGCAGAAGAGCUGCAUAAAAUGCUUCAGGAAGAUGAGUUGCGAGAUGCAGCAUUGCUGCUUUUUGCAAACAAACAGGAUUUGCCAAAUGCUACGGCCAUUAGGGAAAUGACGGAUAAAUUAGGUCUUCAGUCUCUUCGUAACAGAACAUGGUAUGUUCAAGUCACUUGUGCUACACAAGGAGCUGGUCUGCAUGAGGGACUUGACUGACUGUCAAAUGAGCUUUCAAAACGUUUAAUGAAACUAGAU